GAACUGAAGCUAAGCUCUUUUGAAAAGAUCAAAAGUGAUUUUAUUUUGGUUCUUUGGAUCAUCCAGGUGUAUAUGGCGUACCAUACUUCAUUUUUCCCUUUGCUGGGGUGUGGGAGGCCUCUGAUGGAGCAGAUCACUGGGAACAGCAUCAUCAUCUCCAGUCCUUCAUCAUCUUCUUCAUUAUCAUCAUCAUCAGCUACUCAUCAUAACCUCCAACAUGUGGAGAAAGAGGAAGGGGAGGAAGAGGAGGAGGAGGAAGAGGCGGUGGUGCACCUGGAGGGCAUGGAGCUGUGGAGGCAGUUCCAUAGGAUCGGCACUGAAAUGGUCAUCACAAAGUCAGGGAGGCGGAUGUUUCCUCCGUUGCGUGUGCGAUGUAAUGGUUUGGACCGCAGAGCGAGCUACGUGAUGCUGAUGGACAUCAUGUCAUCAGACGGCUGCAGGUACAAGUUUCAUCACUCGCGCUGGACGGUGGCAGGGAAAGCCGACCCGGAACUGCCCAAGCGUAUGUACGUUCACCCGGACAGCCCAGCCUCUGGAGAACACUGGAUGUCCCGAGUUGUGACGUUCCACAAGCUGAAACUGACCAACAACAUCUCAGAUAAACAUGGAUUUACCAUUUUGAACUCCAUGCAUAAAUACCAGCCGCGGCUGCACGUGGUGAGAGCCGACGAUCUCCUCAAACUUCCCUACAGUGCAUUCAGGACCUUCGUGUUUCCCGAGACUGAGUUUAUCGCCGUCACUGCGUACCAGAACGACAAGAUAACGCAGCUGAAAAUCGACAAUAAUCCGUUCGCAAAGGGAUUCCGGGACACAGGAAACGGGAGGAGGGAGAAAAGGUCAGAACUGGGAUGGAGCUGGGAUCAAACACGAACAAAGAAAAGCUACAUGAAUUAA